AUGUCAUCCACACAAGGUAGGCCCGCCCAACUUAGCAAGCAAUGCCAAUACAUGCUUGUCAACAGCGAGCGAGCUGAUUCUGGUGCAAAUGCAGACACCAGCUCCCAGGAGAUAGCGGACCUCCUCCAGUCAUACCGCAACGCGCUCGUCAACUCCUCCGCCAGCGACGUCAUCAAGCUCUACGCGCCAGAUGCCUUGCUCAUGGCGCAAGGUUUUCCCAUAGUCGGCUCGGCCGAGGACAUCCUCAGCUGGUACGAGAACUGUUUCAAAGUCAUCACGCUGGACGUCGUCUUUGAGAUCAAGGAGAUCGUGGUCGUAUCAGACGAGUAUGCGUUCGCCACCACGACCAGUGCCGGGACUCAGAAAGACAACGCCUCGGGCAAAGUGACGAAUGAGGGAAAUCAUGAGCUGUUUGUUCUUCACAAGGUGGACGGGUCCUGGAAGAUUGGCCGAUAUUGCUUUUCGACCACGAAGAGCUAG